AUGCCGCGCGGCGGCAUCGGUUUCCACCUGAAAGUAAAUGUUUCCGUGCGGGCUCACCGGGUAGCGUGGCACGACCUCGCUCUUUUCCUCCUCCUCUGCCUCCGCGGGGCCCGACUCCAAUUGCUGCCGCGGUGGCACCUGCCGCCCCGCUGCGGCGCCCUCCCCCGCCGCGUGCGUGUCUCCCGAAACGGACCCCGCGCCCACCGCGGCUUCGGCGCCAUCGCCGAACUCCGCAUUCUCCCCACGGGGCGCCGGCUGUUCCCGCGCCGGCUGGUGGUAUUCAAUGUGCGCCCGCUUUGCCAGUCGAGCUGCCGUGAUGUCCGCCUGCGUGACCCCUUUGCAGUCGGGGUACAGCACCGUCCGCUCCCGCCGCCGCCCCGUCACUGCCGCAGCGGCUGUGCUUGGCGCACUCGCCGGCGGCCGGAACCCCGCUCAAGCCCCGCCCGAGCCGCAGGAGCCUCGAAAUAG